ACUAUUUUUCAAUAUUUUAUGCUUACAACAUGUCAUAAAAAUUCUUCGAAUUUCUAUUUUUCUCAUAGAAAUAAUGACAUGAAAUUACAAAAAAACAUUUUUCGAAUAAGUAAGGAGAAACUAAAAAAAAAACGCUUAGAGUUACCUAUAAAAUGAGACUGAUAUUUUUUAUUAUAUUCAUAGAUAAAACUGCAUAAUAAUAUAUUAAAUUUAUAACAGAGUAAUAUUAUUAUAGAGAAGAAUCGAUCAUGGUUAGUUUUAUAAGACUUGCCAACAGUCACAAGAGUAUUUUUUUUUUGUAAAAGAGCAUAAACUAAAAACCAAAACAAAGAAGAUAUGAUGACACACUUUUUGAAGUAAUAAUAUUUCUUUUUCAUUGUUUUGAAAAAAAAAAUGAUUCAAAUUAUAUGAAUUGAAUGGUUUUACAUAUUCUUCGUUUUGUUCAUAUGUUCUUCUUAAAUUCAAAUGAUAAAUGUUAAAAUUGGAAACAUGUAGUAAAAAAAUGUAGUAUUAUAUUUAAAUUUGAAUUAUGGCGGGCAACAAAAGUCGUGUGGAGUGUUGUUGAAAAUAAGACGAUUUUCAUGAGAGAGCGCACGCCAUUUCCGCUUCGUGAAAUGUCGCCCUUUCCGGUUAGCCUCUGCUGAAGGAGAAACAUUGGCGUGCUUUGUAAAAACGUAAUCAACUAUGGAAGAGGAACAAAUUAAUUUUGUUCUAACGUCGGACGAGGAGUUCGAUCAACUGGAAGUUGGAGAUACACUUGUCGAUGUUACAGGUGCUAUUAUCCGCAUUGAUGAGCCCAGGUUGAGGGCAAACGUUACUCGGUCAGCCAAUCACCCGUAUCGUUGCAUCUUUUCAAACCUGUCGAACCGUUUGAUAAGAAUUCUUUUCUGGGGAAGGAGAAUCGCCGAAUUUGAGGGUCGACUAAUGCGUCAGAGUGUAAGGAUUACGAGAGGCAGGGUCAAUGUAGCUAAUCCCCUAUAUCGUCGGGCUGAAGAUAAUUUAAUGAGCAUUGAGAUUUUUAUCCAGGCUCAUAGGACGGUGUCAAUUCUGGGACCUAUGCCCCAACUCACCCCAGACCCAAUUGAAUAUGUUACUAUCAAUUGGGAUCAAAUAGGUGAAGUGACUGGACCUGUGACCCUCACAGGCUAUAUCAAACUAGAAUUUGCCAGUGUCAUCACCAAUAAUUCCACGUACGGGAGUGGCAUCCUCACGGAUGCUGUGAAAUACCGACUUCCUGUCUAUGUGACCUCAUUUGAGGCUAACGGAAAUCCUGCAUUGGGAUCACACGUCACAAUCAGGGGUACUCUACGCAGGAACGAUAAUCAGAGUAUUGUUCUGCAGAUACCAGACAUGGCUCACAUACAUAUUAAGGAUGACAUCUUAAUGACUGAGGUUCAGAUGAGGCAAGGGUUUCGAGUCUCGGGGCGAAACAGAGCUGCGACAACUCCCAAUGAGAAUACGCCCCCAAUACGAAGAUCUAUUUCUGAGGUUGAGGACCCUACUAAUGAGAGCGACACUAUUUCAAGGCCAACACAACGUCCUCGACUGGAUGGUGAAGGUAAUAGUUCUGUUGAUGAUCAGUCAACCACCACAAGAAUUCCAAAUGUCAUUGGAGCUGAAGUCGUUAUCGAGGUAGAAACUAAUAGAAGUCUUUAAGACAUUUUGUUAACUUGUAGGAUUAUUUUCAACUCGAACACUCCUCGACUUUGAUCGUUUGAAUCCCUCAUCAAUACUCUUCAAGUUCAUAUUCUAUGCUUUUAAGGAUCAACAUAUCCUUAGAAUUAAUUUUUUUUUGUUUCUCUGAAGCUCAGCUUCUUAUUUGUUCGAUUUUUUUAUAUAUGUAUUUUGGUGACCAGUAAAGGGGAGAGAGGGGAAAUGGACGGAAUGCUUUUU